AUGAGCUGUGCAGUGGUUUCAGGUUCCGAAACCCGGUUUCGUUUCUCCUCAACACCCAACAGACAAACCAAAAAUUGCAUCCUUGAAAGUUAUUCUAACAUUUCCUUUAGUUCCCAGUUGACAAAUUCCAGAUUUCCAAUCAAAACUCCACGGGGGAGAAGAACUUCCAGAGCCCAUUUCAGGUCCAGUUUUGAGGCGUUGUAUAAGACAGAAAGUUUCUACAAUGUGUUGGGAAUUGAAGAGAGUGGAACAAUUUCUGAUAUAAAGAAAGCUUAUAAACAAAUGGCAAGAAAAUAUCAUCCUGAUGUGUCUCCACCAGACCGCGUUGAUGAAAACACCAGGAGAUUUAUACUGGUUAAGGAGGCAUAUGAAACCCUUUCUGAUCCACACACCAGAGCUUUGUAUGAUCAAGAUUUAGCUAAUGGAUUGGGCUUUAAUUUCUCAGCUGGAAGAGGAUGUGAAUAUAAACAAAGAUAUGGGGAAUGGAAAGAGAGCUGGCAAUCACAACUGGAUGAAUUGAAGCUAAGGAGAAGGGAUUCGGAAGGAAGAAUGUCUUGGGGAGCUCGAAUGCGCAGCCGAAGAUGA